GAUCCUGAACUUGUCUUGCGAACACCGUGUUGUUCAAGCUAUGCACCUGAUGAAGACACCCACAAACGAAUCAGAGUGUAUCUCUCCCAGGUUCUUGGAGGACGGUGCAAUGAUCUUGCAGUGCACUUGCCAUUUGUGAUGCAUCUGUGGGGGAAAAUGAGGAUAAUCAGUGGUGGUGAUUCGAUCAGGACUAAAUAUGCUCUGAGGGGUGUGAGCAAUGCAAAGUAUCGCGACAAUUCAUUCUUUGAAGUCUCAUAUUCUGACGCGGGGGGGUCACAACCUGUUGAUGUGAUCGGUUACGGCCAGCUGGAUAAAAUUUUAGUUUGUGAGCUUGGUGAACACAAAGUUUACAGGUUCCUACGCAACACGACACUCAUCCUUGCACUUAUAACACCAUGCAAGACGGAUGGAACAGAUGCGUCAAUAUCCCCAGUUGGAUACAAAGAGUCUGUUGCACCAGUAGUCACGGACACACGAAACAUCAAGGCAGUUGUUGGCCGAGUACAGACACGAGGUGAAACCUUUAUCAUCGACCGGUGGUUAGCACCUGGUGGCAACGAUCAGAUCGGAGACGGUUCGGAUACAUUGGAUAGUGAUUAG